AUCGCCUCUCCCGCUGCCUCCCAGUGGCAACAACAGCACGAGUGCAUCGAGUAACAUCACCACUGUAUCAAUAUCGCUCUUGUUCUUGCCUGCGACUCGUUGUACUCGUGUUGUUGGAGGCUGAUCUUGGCGUUCCUCCCUCUUAACGUACCCACGUUCGCGACCUGAUGCCUCGAGGAAACGCGACCGCCCUCCCCGCAUCCAGGCACCAGCAGCAGUAGCGCGCAGCGGCAGCAGAAUGAAACGAAAAGCGCUGCAAGUCUGGGAUCCCACGAGAUCCGACUCAGACGACGAGGACUUCGACGACAACGCGGCCGAGCCACGCCCACAGAAACGGUCACGGAAGUCGCAGAAGCGGUCGCCGCGCAAACGCGACAAACCCCGUCGCGAGCGCUACGGCGACUCAUCAGACGACAUUGUGGACGACAGCGAGGCUGCCAGCGACGAAGAAGAGGCUUCUUUCACCAACACCGACGAAGACAAGCCCAUCGAACGCAAUCCGCGAACGGGAAGAAGUGUGCGAUCUGCCGCGAAGAAGGCAGUAAAGUAUGAGGAGAGUGAGGACGAAGAGGACGAAGAACCAGCCGAUAGCGAUCACGACCCGAUACAGCCCACACCUGCACGAAGCAAGCAGGCGCGUCGAGCAGCUUUGACCAAACCAUCGCUCAUUGUUCGUCUGAAGAUAGCACACACCAUGGAAGGCGGUCGAGUCAUACGAACGCGCACUGGUAGCCGGCGCGCACCCACACCAUCGCUGCAAACGCAAGGCUCAGCGGGCGGCCGACGCAGCAGUCGUCUAUCGCACGAUGAUGCGGAUCCUCUGAUUGCCCUCACCGAUUCGGGGCGCCACCAUGUUGUCACUAGAGCUGGGAGCGGCACGCCGGAGCCCUCAAACACACGACGUCCAACACGAGGUGGCAAAGGCGUCGCGCACAAGAAGCCGCCGCCGAGUGCCAUCUUCGAAGUCUCGCAUGAAGAUUCGAUCUCCGACCCACGCCAAACUACAGAAGGUCAGCACUUCUUUGCCGAACUCGAGCAAGCUGCCGCGAAACAAGAGGAAGGGGAGGAGCCAGCAGUAUCCCGGACAUCUCCGACCUCCACGACCAAGGACGAGGACAUUCGAAUGGAAUAUGUUAAUGAGGAGGAAGAGGAGCAGGUUGUGCAGGAAUCACAGAACUCACAGCCAGAUCCAGCUCCCGAUGCGCCUGGCGAGGACGACAACGAUGAAGAUGAGGGCCCAGUCGUCAAGGGCCGCAGCCUACGUGCACGCCGCAAAGCCUCGACACCUCCUCAGUCCCAGCCGGAGACCACUUCGCGUAGAUCUCUGCGUAACCGAAAACAGGGUGCAGAGCAGAGCAGUGACUUUGAACCAGACGCAGAAGGCGAAGCUGAUGCGGAUCAAGAUGUUUCUGACUCUGAUGAUAACCUACUCAAGCCUGGACGUGCCAGGAACAGUAGCAACGAGGAUAGCUCUCAAGGACGACGAUCCGGAAGACUCGCUCGCAAAUCUGCAUCGCGACGGAGCCGCUCGAGGAGAGAGCCGUCUGUGGAAGAGGAGCUGGACGUCGAGGAAAUCGCCGACGAAGCUGCCGAGCUCGAUGAGGACAGGAGACGCAAUCGUCGCUCAAGAGGACGCCGCGAGCGUGCUGCUGAAGGGGGAAACGAAAUCAACUUUGAGCCCAACUUGCGCAGUCGCGGCAACAGACCAGACUAUCGUAUUAUUCGUCCUGAACUGUUGCUACCCGUGGAGGACGAUGACGCGCCCGCGCUUCCUGCUGCCACGCCUCAGCGCAAUCGCCGAGGUGGCGGUGGACAUACCUAUCGCAGCUUGUUCUCUACCUACGGACCUUUCGGUGGCGGUGGUGGCCCUCUUCCGGUGUUAGGAGGACCUGAUGGCAUCGGCGCAGCUGGCGGAGUCGAUUCUGACAGCAGCGACGAUGAGUUUGCCCCUCGAGGCGGACAGCAAGGUCUCGGUGGUGCUGUGGGUAUGACGCCCACGUCAGCGUUCCCGAGGCCUUUCGCCGCUGGAGCUGCGCCUCAAGCACUCAACAACGACCCCCUGACAGGUGCUGGCGGCGGGCCGCCAGGCCUUGGAAAGGUCAAAGACAAGAAAGCUUUGGCUGACGCGGAUCCUCUCGGUGUUGAUACCAACGUCACGUUUGACGGCGUUGGAGGCCUCGACAAUCACAUCAACCAGCUGAAGGAAAUGGUCGCCUUGCCACUGUUAUACCCAGAAGUCUUCCAGCGCUUUCAUGUCACGCCUCCUCGUGGCGUUCUCUUUCAUGGCCCUCCUGGCACGGGUAAAACACUUCUUGCUCGUGCUCUGGCAUCGAGUGUCAGCUCACACGGCCAAAAAGUCACCUUUUACAUGCGAAAAGGUGCAGACGCCCUCAGCAAGUGGGUGGGUGAAGCCGAGAAGCAGCUGCGCCUGUUGUUUGAAGAAGCACGUAAGAAUCAGCCCAGUAUCAUCUUCUUCGAUGAGAUCGAUGGUCUUGCACCUGUGCGCUCCAGCAAGCAGGAACAAAUUCAUGCAUCCAUUGUGGCGACUCUGCUUGCACUUAUGGACGGCAUGGACGGUAGAGGUCAAGUCAUCGUCAUUGGAGCAACGAAUCGACCCGACUCAGUCGAUCCUGCCCUUCGCCGUCCUGGAAGAUUCGAUCGCGAGUUCUACUUCCCACUACCUGACGUUGCUGGACGACGCAAAAUCAUAGACAUUCAUACCAAGGGAUGGGAACCCCCGCUCAAGCCAGAAUUCAAAGAUCAGCUUGCCGAAGUGACUCGAGGAUAUGGAGGCGCUGAUCUGCGCGCCCUGUGCACCGAAGCAGCAUUGAACGCUGUGCAAGGCACAUAUCCUCAGAUCUACUCCAGUGACCGCAAGCUUCUUAUCGACCCCAGCACAAUCAAAGUCUUGGCUAAAGACUUCAUGAUAUCGGUCAACAAGAUCGUGCCUUCUUCAGAGCGCUCAGCGGCGUCAGGCGCGGCGCAGCUGAAGAAAGAUAUCGAGCCACUCUUAAGGCGCCCGAUGCAGCAGAUCUCGCAGCGUCUGGACGAGAUCAUUCCACGCAAACGCAAGGCGACCGCGCUCGAGGAGGCUAUGUAUGACGAUCGCGAAGACGAGAAUGGCUUCGAAAAGGAAGUCAUGCAGCGCGAGUUUGAAUCUUCUCGCGUGUUCAGACCUAGGCUUCUGAUCAAAGGCAAGGCUGGCAUGGGUCAACAGUACCUUGGCGCCGCCUUGCUUAGCAAGUUUGAAGGUCUACAUGUGCAGAAUUUCGAUCUUGCGACUUUGAUGAAGGAUUCCACUAGGUCUCCCGAAGCUGCAGUCGUUCAACUCUUCGAAGAAGUGAAACGCCAUAAGCCUAGCGUCAUCUAUAUCCCCAACGUGAGUGUGUGGUGGGACACUGUCGCCGAACCAGUGAAGAAGACUUUUAUCGGCCUUCUCCGUAGCUUGUCACCAACCGACCCCAUCUUGCUCCUUGGAAUACUAGAGCAAGCAACGCAUGACGAGAAGACAGACCCAGAGUUGCUUCGCAGUUUGUUUGGCUAUUCCAGGAAAGACCAGUACGAGCUUGACCGGCCUGAUGAGUCUGCACGACGCGAGUACUGGCAUGCCGUCCUUGAGUUCAUCCGCCGAGCACCGAAUCAGCUCCCUGAUCCCGAUCAACGCAAGAAGCGCAAGCUUGAUGUACUUCCCGAAGCACCAGUGCCAGUCACAGCUACAGCUGCGGAACCGAGCAAAGCGGAGCUCAAAGCGCAAAAGCGGAAGGACCAUCAGACGCUGAACAUCCUCAAGCUUCACAUUGGCCCCGUGAUGGAACAGAUCAAGUUGAAGUACAAGAAGUUCAGAAACCCACCGAUCGAGGAGACUCAAAUUGCUUAUCUUUUUGACGAUUCCGAUCCAAAAGUCUUGACGACAGAUCUUACCGAAGAACAAAGACAACAGCAAGCUCUGUUCCGGCCUUUUGAAGUUGCUAAGGAUCACAAAGGAGUGCCCGGGCUGAGAGAAGUAGCGACAGACAAGUUCUAUUACAAUCUCGACAUUGUCACGAUUGAGAAGCGUCUAUCCAAUGGCUACUACAAGCGUCCCAAGGACUUUCUUGCCGAUAUCAAACGCUUGUCGAAAGAUGCCAAGCAAUUCGGGGAGGGAGACAGAUUGCUCAAGGCCAAUGAAAUGCUUGCUAAUGUCGAAGUCGACAUGGGAACCUUGGAACAACAGCAACCGGCACUGUGCGCCGAGUGCGAAGGCGUAUUUGAACGCGAGCAGGCACGUGAACGGGCGCGUCUCGCGAAGGUUCAAGAAGCGCACCAUAAGGGCGAUGCUGUACCGAUGAUCGACGUUCCUGUAGGGCCUGUUGGCGACCCGUCAAAGACGACUACCGAAGAUUCCGGCCCGAUCAUGCUAGGUCAACAAUUCCCAGAGCGUCGCUUGCUCGCCACGCCGAGUAGGGUACCGGGAGUCAACCCGGACGCUAUUCCAUUUGCUGGCACAAAUGGCAGCGGUCCAUCGCCUCAUGCGAGUAAUCAGCGUCAAGGAGAAGACACGGAGAUGCAAGACGUGCAGCAUGAUGAACAAAAUGUGCCGCUUUCGCAGCAGAGCAUGCUCGGAUCUCAGCCGCCCGUGUUCACGCCAGCAACUGGCCAAUCUCAAGCUCAUGGCGCUUCACAGCCUGUUCCCCAGCAACAGCAAAGCAACCACACUUCUGGCGAAAAGUCAAGCGAUCGCAGCAGUGGACCGUUCUCACUUCCUACAAAUGGCAUCGAUCGACCAGGGGAUCAUCCAAACUUUCAUGUCUUUGGAUACGACUCAGGAUCUGGCAGCCAGAAUUAUCCCAACACACUGCCUCCUUCUACAGAGUCGCCGCCGAUCAAUACUGGGCAUGCACGACCUGACCCGAACGCGGCUCCCACAUCGACAGCUGCGCCGGUCCAACAAGCGCUCGGCCCGCCGCCUCGCCCAAAAAACCGAGUGUCCUCCGUCUCCGCGCUUCUCAACAAUGACGACGAGGAAGCAAAUGCAGACACGACCGAGAUGCAACGAGCGGACGAACGACUGAUCGUCACCGAGGAGAAAUUCCAAAUCGUUCUGCAGCGCAUGGUGGACAGCAGUAGUGGGCUUUCACUUGAGCAGAUGGAACAGAUUCGUGCUCGCGCCAUGGACUUGAUCUGGCGGGAACGUGGCAAUUGGAAUCGCGAUAUGGUGCUUGUCAUGGCGGCUGAUGUGUUCAAUGACACACUUGAUGAUAUUGAGUCUUGUCAGGAAGUUUUGGAUCCUAGUCAGAGGUUGAGGAUUAGUCGGGGGUUGGGAUAUGAUCAUUUGAGGAGUGCAUCUGGGAGCUAUGCUGCGCAAAGUGUGAGUGGAGGGGCAGGGACUGGGGCGGGGAGAAGUAGUAUUGCUGGCUCGGCGGCGUAGAGUUUGUCGCGCAGAACAGAGUGGUUUGUGGGUUGAGGAACGUUUGGCACAGCGCUUGAGGGAAAGAUAGAGAAGAGCUGUAAAGACAAGUUGUUCUAUUGAGAUCGUUGUGUGCGCAUUAAAAAUGGAG